AUGAACACCUUGUGGUCCUUCUUUGGCAAGGGCACCCAAACUGACCAAGACGAAAGUAUUUCGUCAGAAACUCCGGACGGUCUUCCAGUCCCAAACAGUACUCUUUCGUACUGGCGAUCAGAUCUGCACCCCAUAGACUCUCGUGGCCAGUACGAAAAGCCACCCUCAGAAUGUGAUAUCGCAAUCAUUGGAGCCGGUAUGACGGGUGUCAGCACAGCCUAUCACCUCUCGCGACUCCAUACUGCAGACGACUCGGGAAAGAAGCCCUCCAUUGUUGUUCUUGAUGCUCGCGAAGUCUGCUCUGGAGCCACAGGACGCAAUGGCGGCCAUUCUAAAGUACAAGCUUUCACGAUGGGCAAGAUGAUCAGGAAUUUCGGCGUCGAUGCUGCCAACGAAUUUGCCGCUUUCGUAUCCGCUCAGAAAUAUCUCAUGAAAGAUGCAGUUGACCGGGAAGAGUUGACCUGUGAGUUCGAGAUGCGGCGCAGCUAUGAUGUUUUUAUCGACCAGGAAGAGGCAGAAGCAGCAGAGAAUUUGUAUCGUACCGCCACAAAGGAAGGUCACGGCUGGGUGAGAGAUUUUGACUUCGUGGAGUCUCGGGUUGCUGAGCAACAGGUUACUUCUAUCCAAGGUGCAAAGGCUGCUCUUAGUAUGCCGGUCUGUUCCCUUUGGCCCUACAAAUUCGUGACGCAGCUCAUUUGCGGCAUGAUCAACAAGAGAGCAGCAACAUUGUACACUCACACUCCUGUUCUCUCCAUCCACUCCUCUGGUCCCUCGUCGACUAUCCUUCAUACGCCCAAGGGUACUAUGAAAACCAAGAAACUCAUCUUCGCCACCAACGCCUACACUCCUGCCAUCUGUUCAUUAUACAAGAACGAAAUCAUCCCGUACAAAGGAACAGCCUGCCAUAUCGCACCAGAAAAACCAAUAUCUCCACACUUGAACAACACUUACAACAUCUACCAUGAUCAUCCAGCAGACCAAGCCACACAAGUUGACUAUCUGAACCCACGACCGGACGGCGGCAUUGUAGUCGGUGGUGCAAAGCAUCUCUUCGAAUCUGAUAAGGACUCGUGGUACAACACCACAGACGAUAGCGCAUUGCUUCCCAACGUCCGGCCCUACUUUAAGACAUACAUGCAAUCUAAUUUCAGAGGCUGGGAGAAAAGCAAGGCCAAAGUGACACAUCUUUGGACGGGUAUCCAAGGUGAGACUAAAGAUGGCUUCCCGUUUGUGGGUAAGGUGCCCGGAAAGGAGAACUGGUUCGUUGCUGCUGGGUUUAAUGGUGGUGGUAUGACUUUUAUCUUUUCUUGUACUGAGGGGUUAGCAAAGAUGGUGGAAGGCAAGACUUAUGAGGAGACUGGGCUGCCGAAGAUGUUUGAUGCUGCGAGGAUGGGAAGCUGA